AUGAUUAAAAAAAUUUUAAAAAACAUAAAUACUUCAAAUGAAGAAAAAGAUGACAACUUUAGUCAUAGUCAAAAUAUUAUAAAUUUGAUAGAAGAAAUAAUUAAGAAUGAAAAUGAUUAUUGGAAAUAUGUGAACAUACUUGAUGAAUUAACAACGUUGUGUUAUGAGGAUCCAUUUGAUUUUAGGAAGUCUCUUUUUUCAAAAAAUGAGGAAAAAACAAAGGAAAACAAAUUAAUUAUCGACAAAAUUAUAGAUCGUAUAUUGAUUGUUUUAGAAAAGUAUGAAGAUUCUAGAAAUACAUUUAUAUAUGCAAUUUCAAAACUAAUAUUUAUUAAUGAUUAUAAUUUUAACAUAAAAAUAUUAAACAUAUUAUGUAAUUUAGCUCUAAAUGAUGAAUAUAAAAUAGCUAUUUGUUCUGCUUUAGAGGAAAUAGUCACAUCGGCUAUCCUCAAUUCAUCAGAGAAGCAAACCAUAGAUAAUAUAUUUAUCGGUCUGAAUUCACUACCACAAAACAAAACCAUAGCAAAUUGCUUUAAAAAAUGUAUAUAUAAAAUUGUGAGAAUAUUAAAAAGCUCAUUUAAUGAAAAUAUUUUGAAACUUUUAUCAGUUUGUACUUUAGAUAAGGAAAUAUGUUUAAUAGCCUAUGAUGAGGGACUCUUAAAGAUUCUUAUCCAAGAAAUAAAAAAAUACGAAGACGACGAUUUUGAUGAUAUCCCAGAUUAUCUCAAAGAUGUCUAUCAGAUUGUCUGCAAUUUAUGUGGAAACCAUUUUAAACACUGUGAAGUUAUUAUAAAUGAAAAAUUACAUAUAAUGUUAUAUUUUAAAAAAAUAAAAGAAAUAGUAAAUAUAGGUGAAAUAGAUAUAUCUCAAAAUAAAUCUAUAUAUUCGAAUUUAAUAAUUUUAACAUUAAAUAAUAUUUGUAGUUAUAGCAAAGAAACAUUAAUCGAGCUUUGUAACACUAUGCAUAUUAUUGAUUUAUUUUUAAUUGCAAUUAAAAUGGAUAUAAAUAAUCCUUAUUAUUUAAGUGCAAGUCUAGAAGGCUUAUUAUUAAUUUUAAAAAAUAAAGAAACAUAUAAUAAUAAUAUUGAAUAUAUAUUACAAAAUACAAAUAAUUUAAAAAUAUUAAUGCCAUUAUUAUUUGGAAAUAAAUAUAAUAAUAUAUUAAACCAUUUUAAACAUUCAGAUGAUAAUAUAGAGAAUUAUUUAUUUGAGAUUGUCAAAUCAAUUUUAGAUAUCAUUGCUUUUUUUUUUCAAAAAGAAUUGGAUAAAUAUUCUAUAAAAGUAAAAAAAGAAUUCAGAAACAGUAACAUAAAUCACUAUUUAUUUGCAUGUCUGGAGAAAAAGAAUGAAAGUAUAAUAAUUCGUAUGUUCAAAUUUAUUUAUCAGUUAUCUUUUGAAGAUUAUAAAUUUGUAGAGAUAAAUAAAAUAUUUUACAUUUUGAAUGAAAAGAAUAUCACUAUAAAUACUAAAUGGAGAGAAAUAUAUUAUUAUUGUAUAAAAAUAUAUAUAAAAAUAAUCAUAAAUGAAAAAAUUAAAACUAUUAUUGAUGAUUAUAAUUUUAAAGAAAUAAUUAUUAACAUAUUUCGGAUUGUCAACGAAUUUUUAUUACACGAUUUGAUAUUACAAAGAAAAGAAAAUUUCUCACUUUUUAAAAAUGACAUCAAUGAUGAUACAGGAAUGUCUAUAGGAAUUAGUACAUACACAUUAAAUCAAAAUGAAAAUUUGACUUAUACUUACGAGACAGAAGUUAUUGAUUUAAGCAAGGUAACAGUGGAAUUGUUAUGUAUAUGCUCAAAAUAUAUUGAAUUACGAGUUUUUAUGAGAAAUCCAACCAUAUCUUACUAUUUAAAUAAUAUUUUAGUGAAUGAAGAUAAUUUAUAUAGUGAAGAAAAUAUAAAUUAUGAUAUUUUAAUUGAAAGAACUUGGCCUUGUGAUAUGGAAAACAUAUUUAAAAUAUUAAUGAAAAAUAAUGUAUUACAAAAUAAAAAAAUUUAUCUUCGACUUUUAAUUAAUAUGGCCGACAUAUUUAGUGGAUAUUUUUAUCAAUUUAAAACUUGUAAUAAUAUGAAUAUAUUUGAUUUAUGUAAUCUUGAAGAUAAACAUUGGGAUAAAAAAAAUAUAUUAAAAUAUUUUUUCUUAAUGACUGAUAUAGAUCGAAAAGAUUGUAAAGAACAAUUGUCUAUUUUUUUAAAUCAAUAUAUAGGAAAUUUAUUUUCCUUACUAACUAUUUUUAUUGAGCAUGAUAUUUUUUCAGAUUUAAAAAAAGAACAACAAGAACAAUAUUUUCCUGGAGUUUUAAAAUAUUACAAAUUAGAAUAUGAAAAAAAAAUAUCUAAAUUACGAUUAAAAGAAAAAAAAAUAAAAAAUCUCAUUACUAAUUUUAAGGAUGAAGAAAAAGACAAAAAUAGUCAAUACAAAGAUUUGGCUCUACAAUUACAAAAUGUUUAUCAAAAAAAAAAAAAAAUUUUUUUACAAUUAUCACAAACUAAUUUUACAAAAGCAUUUGAUAUAUCAUUAGUUGACAAUGAAAUAGAAUCUAAUUUGGAUAAUAUGUUUGAAAUCCCUAAACCCAAAAAAAAAAAAAUGAAAAGUCUCAAAAAAGAGCAAUACAUGGAUUUUACUAAUGAUGGAAAAGUACUACAAAAAGGGUUGUCUGAAAAAGGUGAAAUAAAAGACACAAAUAAAAAUGCCAAUAAUCAAAAUAACGCGAGCAAUGAUAAUAUGAUUGAGAAUGGUGCACUAUCAAAUCAGGUUAGCACAGAUGAAAAUAACGUUUUAAAAAAAUUGUCUAACGGUGCAAAAAAUGCCAUUUCUCAUAGUAUAAACAAGAAAUAUAACAACACAGAAAAUUCAUUAAGCUUUAUUAAUGAUGAAAGUAUAGACACAGAUUUUGAGUCAUCGUCUACUUCAUCCGUAUCAUCUGAUCCUAAUGUAACUGUACUAGAUAAAAUAUCAGCUGAACUGUUAAAUUUUAAUAAAGAAGGAAUGUAUAAGCCCAAAUUAAAAGGCUUUAACAUUCUUUUAUUUAACAAAAGGGGGCUAUUUGCUAACAGUAACAAAGGGGAAAUUAAUGAAGCAUAUAUUUUAGAUUGUGUAUUUAGAAUAUUUUACAGUAUCAUUAUUAAUAAUAUAGACAAUGAAUUUUAUACAAAAGUAGAAACAUUUUUAUUAAAAAUUAAUGUUUUAAAAGCUUUUAUAAAUCUUUUAAAUCAAUGCUCAUUUUACGAUUGUAAUGUUUAUGCACAUUUUUUUCGUUUAUAUAAUGAAGUAUUAAAAAAAAAUGUAAGAGCAAUUGAAUCAAUGGAUAUGUUAAUUUUUUAUAAUAUAUUUUGUUAUUAUUUAAAAUUGAUAUCUAAAGAAUUUAUUAAAAAGCUUAGGAAUGAUGAAUAUAAUAUGCCAGAUAAAUAUCAAUAUUUUUUUUCAGAACUAAGUCAGCUAUUUUAUUAUUUUACUCAAAAAAUUAUAUAUAUACAAUUUUCACAAUAUAAUGAAAUACAAAAAUGGUGUGUUGAUUGUUCUUUAUAUAAUUUUUUUUAUAAAAAUAAUAUUUUAUUAUUACUUUAUUUAUUUAUCUAUAUAAAUAAUAUACAUCAUGGAUCAGAAUAUAAAUCAUAUAUAUAUCACAAACAAAAUUUUAAUUAUAUACACACUAUUUUUUUCUACACUUUACAUACGAUUUCUUACUUAAUGUGUUUUUCACACAAUCUCAAAUAUUUUAUUUUAUAUUUUAUAAAUUAUAAAAAAUAUAUUCACAAAAUAUUAUUUAGGAAAUCCCUUAUUCAUUCUAUAUUCUUUUAUUACAAACUCAUAUAUUUGAGAAUACUUUUACAAAAUUAUUUAUCUCAAAAAAAUAAGAAGCCCACACAGAUUUAUCAUAUAUCCCCAGUCAUAUAUAUCCGGAAUAAUGCUAUAGAGUGGUAUUUUCUUGCUAUUGGAUUUGAUAAAUAUUAUUUAGUCUUUAUUCCAGAUCAUUUUGAAAGUAAUCUAAUCGAUUGUAAAGAUACAAAGUUGGUUAUUCAUUCUGAGAAAAAAUAUAAAGACAUAACAAGAAUUUGUAUUAGCAAAAUAAAUGACAACUUUUUUGUUUUGGGUAAUAUAUGCUUUGAUAAACAUACACCAUAUGAAUCAUAUGACAUAUUUAUUAGUAUAAAUAAAUAUUAUAGAGAUGAGAUUAUAUUAUAUUCUCAAUUUUUAUCUGGUUCCAACUAUGAAACGAGAGUAGAUAUAAUCCAAGAUACUAUAAUUAUAAAUAAUUUAAAAAAUUAUAUGAAUGUCCAUAAUAUUAUUAUAACAUCCUUUGCCUAUAAAGAAAUAAAUGAAGAAGUAUAUGAAAAAAAUAAGAAAGAUAAAAUAAAAAAAAGACAAGACAAUUUAGAUAGCUCUAAAAGUAUAUAUGAAUAUGAAAGUUCAGAAGAAUAUGAUGACACAAAUGCUUCGAAUUAUUCUGACUCUCUAAAUAAGUUGGAGGAAUCGGAUAAUUCAGAUACACAAUCUAAUAAUGAAGAAGAGUGUAAUAUAUUCAGAACAAAUACAUCAAGCAAUAAUAAAAAAAAAAAAAUAUUAUUAUUUUUUGUUUUAACGAAAAAUCAUUUAUAUGUAUUUAAAUUAGAUUUUAAAAAUUGGAUAUUUUUAAGUCCAUUUAUUGAUGAAGAAAAAAAUGAUAUAAAACUUUAUGUUGAAUCAGAUAAAGAUAGUGAUGAAGAAUAUCAAAAUAAUCUGAUUUUUAUAAAUAAUAAAAUAUUUUUAAACAAUUUCAUAGGAAUGACAACUAAUAUUAUUAAUGAUGAAAAUCAAAUAUUUGCUAGAAAAUCUGCAAUUACAAAUUCUGUCAAAAAUAUAUAUCUUCACUCUAACUCAGAUUGUACUAACGAACAAGUAUUAUCAACAAAUUUUACAACAUCACUAGCUACAACAGAUAAUCAGAGUAUAAAUCCAACUGAAACAAACAAUUCAAACAUUUAUAAUAAUAAAAGAUAUAUAUUUGCAAAUCAGUAUUUUUUAAAUAUAAAACAUAAAUAUAAUAAUGAAUAUUUAAGCAUGAUCAAGUUUAUUAAUAAUUCUGAUCCCAUUAUUUCUCUUAUUUAUAAAAACGAGCAUAAAAAAUCGAAGGAAAAAAAAAUUAAAAUAAUCAUGUUUGACGAUUAUACUCGAGAACUUUGGAAAAGGUCUUUAGCUUAUUCCUUAAACAUCCAAAUGACGUCAUCGGAAUGGCGUAGAACGUGGAAAUAG